UUUUUUUUUUAAUUUAUUUUUCAUCAAAGAGAUGGCUGCACCUUAUUACUAUAAUCAACAACAACAACAACAAUUAGGAGGUAUACCAUCUAUGCAACAACAGCCACAACCACCACCACCACAAAGAGCCAUGCCAGGUCAAGUCGGCAUUAAUCCAACUCAAAGCCAUUAUCUUCAACAACAAUAUAGAAAUCAACCCAUUAACGAUGCAGGACGAAAACGAGCACAUAGCAAGGUAUUACUUGAGUUACAAACAUACAUGUAAUUUUAUUUUCUAAUUACAUGUUAUUAAAAGGCUGGAAGGCAAAAUGCGUCCAUAAUGGAAGAUGCUGAUGAACCUUCAGGAGAUGAAUUAGACGACAUUUCUGCAAGAGAUAUUGCUAUGGCUAGAUAUAAACGUAAUCAUGACUACUUAUCAGAAAUAUUUACACCUUAUAAUGCUGCUCACAUUGUUACACCUGCAUUGGAUAUUAGUCAAUCAAAAGAAGAAUUAGAGAAACAAAUUGAAGAAUGCAAAGAACGAGACAUACAGCAAAAGAAAAAAAUGGAAGAAAAGUUAGCUUCAAUUGAAUCAGAGCAAGAAAAGUUUUGGAAAUGUAUAAACCAACUAAAGAAUGCAACAACAUUGGAAUCUAUUGAAGAAGUGACUAAGAAUAUAACAAAAGAAUUAGGAAUUGAAAUUAAACAUAGAACAAAUAAUGUAAAUAUUUUAUCAAUACCUGAAUUAGAAAAACAAGAGGAAAAAGAAAAAGAAGCAUUACUACUACAACAGCAACAACAACAACAAGCUUUAAUUGAAAAUGCUAACAAUCAACGACAGCAGACUAUGGAAGAAGUAAUAAGCAAUAAUAUAGCAUCACAAGGAAUGGACAUGUACUUUAACCAAAGAGAAGAUGAAGCAGAAACAGCCGAUAGUUUCUUUAAUGAAAUGGUUAAUACAGAUGAUGAUCCAGCUGUUAGUGAAUUCUUAAACACUGAAUAAAAUUUAUUUCAGUCUUAUGGAUCAAGCGCGUUUAAUAGUUGUGUCCUUUUGCAAAAUAUAUAUGUGUAUAUUGAUAUACAAGCCUGUGAAUUUACAUAGUUUUCUUUUUAUAUGUUACAAUAUCCUCAUUUGAAACUUUUGUAAAAUAGCAAAUAGUUUUUGAAAGAAGGAUAUUAGCCUUGAUUGUGACUUUAUAUUGUAAAUGGGAGACUUCAACUUUCAUAGGAUGAAAAGAAGAUAGUUUAUUAUUAAAGGAUCAUAGAUAUUUUUGUUAGAAGACACUUUCAAUAGUCCUAUGAUUUGAAAUACA